AUGACCUCGCCAGAGCCUUCCUUUGACGCCUUUUUCAACAGCCAGCGACCAACAACGUCGCAUCAAGGCUCGUUUGACUACCCGGCGUCAUACGCGUCAUCGUCAACCCCGGACCAGCAGUUUACCUCGCAGCUCUAUGGCGAGCCCGGAGGCAUGACCGACGAGCCACAGAGCCUCCCACAACACGCCGCUGGCAUCACUGCCAAUGUCCACGGCCGGAUCCUCGCGCACAGCAAUCCUGAGCGCAAGGACUCGGUCCCCUUCGACCCAAACUCGAGCAGCACUUUGAUCGCUUCAGCUGCCAACGGUGGUCCCCAGAGGUCGCCUCUGACAAGCAACCAGCAGCUGGCUUACACCGACUUGAACGCUCCAGGCGGCUACAACCAGUUCACCGCGGCGUAUGCCAACCAGCAGUCGUCCGGCUUUGUCAACAGCCAGCAGCCCCAGCAGCAGCAGGACUUUUCAAUCCUCCAAAACAAUGCCAACGGCGACAGCUUCUACGGCUCCGGAAUGACAUCCGAGCCUCAGGGUAGCAACACAUGGGGUGCUGAUUACUUGACGAGUCAGCCCGAGGCUAUCGUGGAAGACACGGACAACCGUCGCGGAAGCUGGCACGGAAACCAGCAUCUGGACACACAGUACGACGAGCAGAUCAACGAACUGCAGCGGAUCAUCUCCAAUGCUUCGUCUCACGCCGGCACUCCCAGCGGGUCCCGAGUCGCCUCACCAUUUAACCCUGGCGAGGUCAACCACCACGUUCGUCAUGACUCGGUAUCGUCUGUCGGCCGCUCUCCCAGCCCAGCCUUCCACAACUCGCCCGGCAUGGCUGCUCCUUCGCCACCAUUCGUCAACCUGCACCGUGGCAGCUCGUCGUCGCUUUCGGGAUCGCCAUCGUUCUCCAAGCCCCAGUCGCCACCCGCAUUAAUCAUCCCCAACUCGGCUCCCUCCCCGUCCCUUCCUCAGAUUGUGACCCAGGUGACCCAGGCUCAAAGCUCUGGCCCCUCGGGAAGCAAUGCUGGCGCUGGCCAGUCGGGGGGCCAGCAAUUCGGCAACAGCCUGUUGGUUCCUGUCAACCCGGCCCUCCCCACCGGCAUGGCCGGCAUUAGCCCCAUUGCGUCCAACGCCGAUGGCCCCAUGAUCUACAUCCAGCCAAGCACGCCCAUCAGCGGCCUCAAGGAUCAGUCGGGCGUGUUUGACGCGGCGCUUCGACGCGCCAAUGCCCAGCAGCAGCUCGCCCAGGCGAAUGCCGCUGCUGCUGCCGCGGCGCAGUCCAACGGCGGCUCGCAGACUGGCUCAGUCCACGACUUUGGCGGCGACAACUCGGCCUCGCAGAGCCCGGGUUUCGCACCACAGCAGCCUCAACAGCAGCAGCAGUCGUGGUCCCAGGGUGUCAACUUUGCUCUCGGCGCACCAGGCAUUUCUCGCCCUCGCGCAAAGUCCGAGUCGUACAUGCAGGGCGGCGAGCAGUUUGAGAGGCAAGCCGCCCAGCAGAUCAUGAACAGCCAGAUCGGCCAGUUCAGCGUCGCCCAGGCACUCGAGGGUAGCGCUGUCGCGACGGGAGGCGACAACCAGUGGAACGACAUCAACGCCUGGCGUGUAAACCAGGCCAUUGAGCAGGGCCAGCUACCACCUACGCUCAACCCUCGCGAGUUGCCAGGCUCGGCCGACCAAUUUGCUCAGUUGUCGCAGCUUGCUGCUCAGCAGCGCCAGCGCCUGCAGCUCAACACCGACACCAGCAACCAGGUGUUCAGGUACGAGCCGGGCCAGUUCUCGCCGACCUCGUUGGCGUUCUACCACCAGCUCGGCAUCUCGGGCAACAAUGCUGCUGUGGACCCCAACAACUUCCCAGGCGGUGGCGGUUUACGUCUCGACCAGCAGGCUCUCCAGGGCGGCAGCAUGCUCGGCGCGCCGGACGCUGGGUUUACUUCGCGACGUCGGUCGUUUGCCGAGGGCACGUCGCACCCUGCUGCCGGUGCCGGUACCCCAGGCUACGGUAUCGAGUUCAUUCAGCGCAGUGUCGCACCAGGAGCCAUCAGGGGUGUCAACCUUGGUGUCAACCAGGGGCACCGUCGGUCGGCCAGGAGCGAAGACUUUGGUCGUGGAGGGACUGGCUGGGGUGUGGGCCAGGGCGGUUCUACAACUGACUUCCUGAACUCCAUCGGGCAGGACCAGGGCUCGUUACUCGCGCCGCCGAUGCGCGGUCGGUCAAUGUCACACUCGCGGAGGUCGUCGGCGUCGUCGGUCAGAUCCGCGUCGCCAGCGCUGUCGGUGUCUUCGCAGGGAUCGAGCUUCUCUCACCACUCGCACAUGGACAUGCCUGACGGUAUCAAUGUGCACGACUUCUUCCAGGAGACUCGGCCGCGCGUUGCCAAGCUCAAGGUGACGAGUAUGGCUACCGAGGUGGCCAGCGCCAGCCGUCGAACCAACGAGGGCUCGUUUAGGUGUCCAAUCCCUGGAUGUGGAAGCACGUUCACACGACACUUCAACCUCAAGGGUCACAUGCGAUCGCACAACGACGAAAGGCCAUACAAGUGCUUGUAUGACGGCUGUCCAAAGGCGACGGUGGGCUUUGCCCGUCAGCACGACUGCAAACGCCACAUGCUCUUGCACGAGGGCCUGCGACCGUUUGAGUGUGAAGGCUGCGGGAAGAAGUUUGCGCGCCUGGACGCUCUCACAAGGCACCACAAGUCGGAGCAGGGACAGGAGUGUGCCAUUUCGCACCCGCUGCCGACCAACCCGGACGGCAGUGCAAUGUCCGAGUCGCAGUACAAGACGUACCGACUGCAGCAGCACCGGGAGAGGACACAGGGUGAGGACCUUGGCACGGGGUCGGGCAUGGACGACUACGACCGUGAUUAG